AUGGUCGGCAUGGUAGCAGCCAUGAAUGGGAUCCAGAAUGUUUUCAAGCCUGCAUUCAGUAGAAAGGUGUAUGCAUCGACCGAGGGCAUUCGUCAAGCGACCCCGCUGGCUGCGCGUCUGUUUGGAAUUUGGAACUUGACGUCGGCUAUGUUGCGCGUAUACGCUGCAUACCACAUGAGCGAGCGUGGUGCCUAUCUCAUGUGUCUGGGUACAUUUGUCAUUGCAUGCCUGCACUUUGUGAGUGAAAUGCUCUUCUUCAACACACUUGCCAUGGUGCCAGGCUCCAUUAGUCCCAUUUUUGUCGCUUCUGGUUCGAUCAUUGCUAUGAUUUUGCAGUAUUCAUACUAUGUAGGUUAA